AUGUUUGAAAUGUUGCGAGAACAGUUCUUUGGCAAGGUCGUGGCUCCGACGCAGCGCCUCGACGGUCGAACGGUGAUCAUCACAGGAAGUAACGUUGGCUUAGGGGUAAGCCUUCUUGUCGCACAGAGAAGCCUAACCUACAACUUGAUACGAUCACUUUUCUCAGACCUCCUUACACUCCACCCUACCAUGAACCAUAGCUCCACGCGGCGAUCCACCUCGCGCGCCUCAACCCAGCGCGACUAAUCCUCGCCGUACGCACCCCCAGCAAAGGCGAGACGGCCCGAGCUCAAAUCGCCGAACAAGCCUCUUUUGACCUUAACCGCAUCCACGUCUGGCAAUUCGACCUCGCCUCCUUCGACAGUGUCAAGGCUUUUGCAAAGAGGUGUGAGGAUGAUUUGGAUCGUUUAGAUGUGAUGGUGGAGAAUGCGGCGAUCGCGACGUUUGGGUUCAAGAAGACCGAGGAUGGGUGGGAGGAAUCGUGAGUUUUUCGGGCCCGAGGGUCUUUGGGUUUUGCCGAAUUUAGACCGAGGAAGUGGCGUACAGUAUGUACAUGCUGACUCAUUCGUCAAAUUCUCCAUCAGGCUUCAAACGAACGUCUUGUCGACUGGCUUGUUGGGUCUCUUGUUGAUCCCUUUGCUGCGCAAGACUGCCAAAUUGCCGUCGCCCUGCCCUGAGUCUUUGGGACUCAAAACCCACUUGACAAUUGUCGGUUCAGAAGGUACGUCUCACCCCUCAUAGUUUACGAACAGCUGGCUGCCCACCAUUCAAACGCUCAACUGACCGAAUCUCCGUUUCCAGUUCAUGGCUGGGCCCGUUUCGAGGAAGCCAAAGUCCCCGGAUCGACGCUCGACGCCCUCAACUCCCCCGGACACUUCUACAAGACUGAUCGCUACAACAUCACCAAGUUGUUGAACAUGUACCUCGCGCACAACUUGGCCCGUAUCCUCGAGAAGGAUGGUGUGAUCGUCAAUGUCGUGAACCCGGGUUUGUGCGUGAGCGAGCUGAGGAAGGAGAUGAGUUGGGUGUUCGGGUCAGUUCCUGAGAUGCUUCGUUCGGUUGGGUUGGCGAGCAAGACACUGAGUAGAGUCAAGUUCUCGGCACAGAAAAAUGCUUGAUAUGGCUGCUCGAACGGCCGAAGAUGGGAGCAAGAAUAUCGCCUGGGCCGCCGUGGAGGAUACCUCCUCCACCGCUGGAGCGUACAUCUCGGUUUGUGAGAUCAAGUCGUACGUUCCGGCCUUUGCUCAGGGUUCCAGUACAAGUUAGGCUGACACUUCCGGGUAUUCAAUCCUUGUUCUUGCGUUCAGUCCUGCCGCAAGUCUCGCGACCCAGCAAGGUCAAGCGUUGCAACAGAAAGUCUGGGAGGAGAUGUGCGAGGUGUGGAAGAAGAUCGCGCCUCAGGUCGCGAAGGAUCUUGCUUGA